AUGCUGGCGCCAACUCAACAUACUAUGCUGAGGCACCCCCCCGCAUACAACCAGCCCCAGGGCCAGGGAGAUGAGAGAGGUCUAGGAUCUACUCUCAUUGGUGGUGCUGGUGGUGCCUAUGUAGGCCAUCAGAUGGGUGGUGGUGCACUGGCGACUGCCGGCGGUGCAGUCAUUGGAGCUAUUGGUGCGAACGCUGUCACACAUGGAGUUACCCACCCCAGGGAUAUCCUCCUCAAGGAUAUCCCCAGCAGGGUUACCCCCCCUCAGGGCUAUCCUCAGGGUUAUCCUCCUCAGGGCUACCCUCCACAAGGAUACCCACCUCAAGGCUACCCACAAGGCCCUUACCAGCAACCGAUGACUGGUACCACAACAACCACCACAACUACUACCACAACCGAUGAUGGUUCUAGUGGCGGCGGCGGUCUCCUUGGCCUAGGACGAGGACGCGGUAGCUGUUGUAAUAACGGUGGUGGUCUCCUGGGUCUGGGAGGACGUCGUGAGGGAGGCGGAAUUCUUGGCCGUGGUCCCCUUGGUUUCUUGGCCGAUCGCAGAGACUACUUUGAUCGUCGCAGAGACCGUGACUAA